GCACAACACACCUUAGUGCCCGUAUUUAAUGAGCUGACUAAGGACACACCUGUUGGAUGCCUGAUGAAUAUCUAUUCACGUAAAUAAUUAUCUCAAUACGCCCUCCAGCAGCUCCCACCUCCAAGGGGGUAUAUAUUCCGCUGCCAGGCUUGGACUGGUUCACCAACUCUUCGAAGUACCACUCCGGGUUUUGUCAGCUCUACAUACCAAUCAUCACAACGUCGCCAUGAGUGCUUUAUCACUUCGCAGUUAUGGAGGCAGCCGAGGCUCAUCCUCCAUGUCUCUCGGAGGAGGGUACCAGAGUCGCAUCGCAUCACGGGCACCAAGCGUCUAUGGAGGGGCAGGGGGACAGUGUGUCCGCGUAUCUUAUGCUUCGGGCACCAGGAGCGGUUUUGACCUGUCCAGUGCGCUUGGAGGUGACAAUGGCAGCUAUGGUUGUAAUGCAGUGUCGGUCAGCGAGAAGGCUACCAUGCAGAACCUCAACGACCGUUUGGCCACCUACCUGGAGAAGGUGCGCUCCUUGGAGACGGCGAAUGCCCAGCUCGAGCGUCAAAUCCGCGAGUGGUACGAGAAGAAGAAACCGGUCAUCAGUGAUUACAGCAAAUACGAUGCUACUCUUGCCGACCUGCGCAGAAAGGUGAGCAUUUUUGGGGCCAUCGUAAAUACAGUAAAUUGCUAUAUUGAACGAGAUUGAUAUGAUGACAUUUUCGUUCAUCAACCUCACUCCUGUUGACUAUUGAGUUUAGAUCAAGUUUUAUUGAAUGAGAUUUAAAAAAAAAUUUUUGGCUAUAUCAUUUACAAAAGGAAAAUGUCUAAACAUUUCUACUCUGGCAGGAAACAACAUCUAUUCUCAUAAAAUUCAAUUAUGGUAUACAAGCCACAAGUCAUACCCCGAAGUUCAUUGACUGGCUGCGUCUAUGAAGCUGUCAGGUUACAAUACAAGUGUGCCCUCGGGAUGUACAUUUGUAAACCCUUGACUUGAAUAGAGGAAUCAUACCAAGUUUACAGUAGUAAUGGAUUAUAGGACUUAAAUGGCAUGAGUGUUGCUUACAUGGGUAGUUUAGUUUGUUUGUCUCUAUUGAAAGAAAGAAAUUACCCAAAAAAAAAGGGCUUGGCAAGUGAAACUGUCACUUCCAUUCAACUUAUCUCCCUGUCAACAUUUACAUUCACACUCAUGCCGCCUACAUUACUUAUUUCAAAGGGGAGAGCCAUGAUAAUGACGCUAAAAUGAAUCAUACCUUCUGUUCAAUAGCAUUUUGUAUUAUUGCAUCUGAUGGGAUUCAAGUCAUGCUUAUUAUUGUCAUUUCCCAUACAUAACUGUGUGGCCUUUGCCAUAGAUUGGCUACAGUAUAUCUGUGUGGGCAGGAGGCUAAUCAAUUACUUACUAACAGACCCCUGUAGCUCUGGUAGGCUUCACCUUAUCACACAUUAAUAGUCUCUCAUUACAGCUAUUCAUGGUUAUGGCUUGGGAGAAUGCACCUUCAUUGUUUAUGAUAAUGAAAAGCAAAUUAUGUAAUAAUUGUGAUAAGCCUGACAGUGUGUAAUUUUUUUCCCCUUUUAUUUACCAUGUACCAACCUGUUUUUUGUCCUGUUCUCAGAUCAGUGCUGCCACUCUGAGCAACGCCAGUAUCAUCCUGCAGAUAGACAAUGCCAAACUGGCAGCAGAAGACUUCAAAGUAAAGUGAGUACAAAGGGUCUGUAAGAUGGAAUUGAAUUCACCUUAGAAUAAUACUUUCAGUCAGGAUUGGAAUUGGAACUACACGUCAUAUGUCAACUUUAGUCAUGCAACUUUUAAACCAUUAUUAGAGUAUGAAGCCACACCUAGUAUAACCAUACUGAAGGUCAACGAGCCCAUGACGUGAUGUUAAAUUUCACAAUACUGUACACCUUAGAAACAUCAUCAGCGGUCAACUAUACAUUAAAACUGGUCUGACUGGUUUUGUGCCAUUUGGUAUGUUUACUGUUGGUGGUAACUGUCAAUAAUGCUGGGAAAUUCACAUGCCCUGUUUGUCCUUUUCCCUCUGGAAAGGUUUGAGAGUGAACUGAUUAUGCGUCAGUCGGUGGAGGCAGACAUCGCUGGACUGAGGAAGGUUCUGGACGAGUUGACCAUGUCCCGGUUCAGACCUGGAAAUGCAGAUUGAGGGGCUGAAGGAGGAGCUGGUCUACCUCAAGAAGAACCAUGCAGAGGUGGGUGUUCCUCAGGGCACUGUAGUGGGACCUGCCCAAAUUCACAAAAUGGCCCCCAAGGGCCUUGGAAGCCCUCUUUUAUCAUACCAUAUCCCCAAGAGUCAUGGCAUAGCCCUGUCAAUAGCAAGACCUCCCCACAGUUCCAAAUUCUUAUAUAUUUUACCUAGAUGAAAACAAUGUGGUUGUGAGAGUCGAAUGGAGUUGUCAGAGACAUAAUUCAUUCUCAUCGCAUGCCAAGCAGUAUUGUCUUUGGCUGUAUCAAUGAUAAUGCAAACAACAGAUCAAACAGACCUUGUUUGGAGUCUCUGCGCUGUCUCUGUUUGUGUAGCUUUAAAGCUGUCAGCAAAUGUGUCACAAGCCCUACGACAGUAUGGCAAAACCAUUAAAACCACACUUGAGAUCACAUGGUGGCAAGUCCUAUUUCCUGUUGGAAAUUACCUUGAGUAUUUUCACAGUAAUCAUCUACUUACUUUAGGAUGGUUGUACAGGAUGUCAGACAAGCUGAUGGCAAUACACCAUGAACAAUGUAACUAGGUUAUGAAAGAUGGUGACAGUUUGUGACACCCAAGUACCUCAUUGAUUUGUCAUGUGGUUGAACCUGAGACACCCGUGCACCUCACCUGGCUGUGGCCCAAUUUGUCCCCUCACCCCUGUGUAAUCGUGCUAGACUUUUUCCCUGUCUGGGACAGUAAAGUUCUAUCUUAUCUUACCCAGUGACAGCCUAUCCGGUGACAACCUCCAUUGGCCUCUCACCUGGUGUUGACCCUAGUUGACGUCUGUCAUCACUCUGUGCCCCUUAUAGGAGAUCGCUGCCUUGCGGGCCCACUUGAGCACCAGCUCAGUGAACGUGGAGGUGGACGCAGCGCCCCAGCAGGACAUGGCCAGGAUGAUGGAGGAGAUCCGAACUCAGUACGAGGGCAUCACCGAGAAGAACCGCCGCGACAUGGAGUCCUGGUACAAGGACAAGGUGAGGAGAACAAGAGCCCAACCUUGUCUAUGGAGAACCUCUUGAUCCAUCUGUUCUGUUUUAGAUCAUAUGGAAAUAGUUUAGUAUAUCUUACAGGGAAAACCUAUGUCCUAUGAGAACAGUAUUUAAAGUGCUUAUAAACAACCAAUUACUGUGAUCACAUACUUGAAGCUAUCUUAUCCUUGUUCGAUCAUGCCAAUAUAGAGAUAUCAGACCAUAGAGAAUGACUUUUGUGCUUAUUACCAGUACUAGUGGAGUUACACAACUCUUACCUUGUUCCGUCUGUCCGUCCCAGUUUGAUGAGCUGAACAAGGUGGUGGCCAGCAGCACAGAGACCCUCCAGACGUCCCGCAGCGAGAUAAACGAGCUCAAGAGGACCAUGCAGGCACUGCAGAUCGAUCUGCAGUCCCAGCUCAGCCUGGUGAGGAAACCAAUGCCCCCUCAACCCCAUUAAUGACCCCCUCUCUGCCUCCUAGUUGUUGCUAGACGUAUGAGUUUGAGUUAGAGCUAGACCAGGCUGUAAUUACUGUAGAUCACUCGGAAUUCGGAAAUACAUGACAUUUACAAGAGUACACCUCCAGUUAAACAGUACAGUACAACUGACACAUCACUGUAAAACCAUGAUCAUUUAGACCUCAUAAAUACAUUCCUACCCUACGGGUUACAUAUGAGUCCUCAAGUUGACCUUUUAGCAACUGAAGAUGAUGGAUUAGUUAGAGAGAGAGAAGCAAUCAGUCAACUCAGAGCUCUGUAAUUAUCACAAGCCAUAAUAAUAAUACAUUUCAUUUUUUGACAAGCUCUUCGAUUGAUGGAGAGAUGAAGUGAAGUUGAGGAGAACCGUUUUUGUUAUACUAUAGCUGUUCUCCUCAAAACUGAAUUCUAAAAACAUGUGCUCACCAGGAACUUCACCUCAAUCAUGCUCUGAUGUCAUUUGGCCUUUAACCAUUCCUCUUCCUCCCGCUCUCCCAAUAGAAAGCAGCCAUGGAGGGCCAGCUGAAUGAGACCGAGUCCCGUUACAGCAUGCAGCUGAACCAGCUCCAGGGCAUGGUCAACAGCCUGGAGGAGGAGCUGGGUCGCAUGAAGACGGACAUCGAGAGGCAGGCCGGCGAGUACCGCAUGCUCCUGGACAUCAAGACCCGGCUGGAGAUGGAGAUCGCUGAGUACAGGAGGCUGCUGGAUGGAGAGGAUGUCGGGUAAGGAGAGGAGAGAAGAGUGUAGAUCCCUAAUUUACAUACCCAAUGGGAUUUACAUGGGCUUCACAUACCCAAUGUAAAUGCUAAAUGUGCAUUUACAUACCCAAUGACAAAUCAACCCCUAGCCCGUUGCCCCUUCAGUAGCCCCUACCCCUUUGGCACAUAAACACCUGCUGUAGGCACUUUUGAUUUAAAAUGAUUGGAUACAUGCAAGAACUAUGGUGAAUAUUACUAGAGGGCAAGAUGGAGCAAUCAUCAUUAUGCUAAUGUCCUACAGUAGCCUAUCUAAUCGUUGCAGAUCUACAAGAAGUGCACUAGGGAAGGGGCCAGGGGUCGAUUUGGAACUGGGCAAUAGAGACUGUGUUACAGAGUAGAGAGUUCAAUGUAGAGUUGUUAAAUAGGAAGAUACUUAACACUCAAACUAUCUUCUGUCCACCAGGAGAACUGUCAUCACCAAGAAGGUUGAGACUGUUCAGGUCCAAAAACGUAAGUAGAGCGAGCCCAUUUUCUAUCAUAUCAAAUUCCAUAUUGAUUGAACCCAGCAGUAGUAAUUGUGAAACACUCUAGAACACAAAGGAUUUGGUUGAUUUGAAUUUUAAGGUUGGUUCUUUCCUUUCCUCUUUAGCUAAACCCAACACUAAGUGUACUAAUGGUUAUUUGUGCCUUCUUUGAAACAGUGCCAGUGGUGACAAAGAGAGUGCGGACGGUGAUCGAGGAGAUGGUCGAUGGUAAGGUGGUCUCCCGUACAGAGGAUGUGGACAUGGAGGUCCCGCAAAACUAGAUCCCUUGCCCUCAACCCACCCAAACCCACCCGUCAUUAAAAGCCUGGUUCCGCCUACAGCUAAAAUGGAAUACCAGAAAUGUUUAAAAUGUUAUAAUCUCUGGAUGGCAUCGCUUUGGUGUUGCCUGUAUGCUCGGUGAAUGUACAACACUGUGCAAUCUUUGAUACAUUUACCAUAUUUGAUAUUUAAGUUGACAAAACAAACAUGCUUUUGAAUAUCAUUGUUGAUCAAAUGAUCAUGUAU